GCAAAUUUUCUUCAGAACUCUCUACUGCAGCAAAAACUUUUGCGAUUUUCGUACAAAAAUAAAUAAAUUUGUGUUCAAUUUAUCUUCGUCGCUGUUUUUCACUGCACUCCAGGAUUUUCAACGGAACGUUUAAACUACUGAGAUGAAAAUCCGAAAGGAAUUUUUGGCGGUAAUAUUUCCACUGGUGAUUCAUGUUGCUGGAGGCGAUCAGUUGUUUCAGCCAACGUUAUUACCAGCAAAUAUAGCAUCAUGGAGUUGGUCGGUGUGGGAGUAUUUCGCCUCUUCAGUCCUAUUAAAAUUGAAAAUGUACAAUUCCCAAAAAAUGCUGGACAUGUGGGACGAUCUGGGAGCCUUUCGCCGAAAUACCACUGACCAGAUAAAAAAUGCUGUGGGAAAAUCAGGCUCAUCGGACCGCGUUCUCACCAACUUGGACAACAAAAUGUACGACGUUGAUUCUGUCUUGAAUAUAUUUAAACAAAAAGUUUUAUUGAGAACUAACAAUCUGGAUAUUUCCGAUCUGUGUAUCUUCGCGUCUGGGGUAUUGUACACUGACAAGUUAACGAGAAAACUCGAUGUUCUCCUUAAUACCAUGAUUUCAAGGAACUCUCUGCAUCCGUCUCUGCUUGACGUAGUCUUUGGAGAUGAGAAGUCAGAAAAAAGCAGUGAGUGCCAACGAGGACGUACAGUAUAUCAAUCAAUGUUUCAAAUGUAUCUCGGAAUUUUGACGAUCGAAAUGAAGGCGUUUAUAGUGCACGCCUUUGCUCAUAGUCUUCUGGCCAGCUAUAACGGGGUCUUCAAAACAUGUGAAUAUAAAAAUGGUGCGGUCGAAGCCAGUAUCAGUGAUGUGCACGACACACUGCGAGAUCGUCUUCGACUACUCAAUCUAGAAUUCUUCACGAGAAUGCACAAUCUAUCGACAGAUAUCCCCUUGUGCUCUGAUGGUCAGCAGUUGUAUAGAGAACGCGAAACCCUGAAAUUGGGGUUUACGAUUGGAACUGUUAUGUACAUUAAGGACAAUAUAAACGUAGGUGACUUAAAAUCGGGGUCUUAUGAGUGCUCUGAUAUUGAUACGAGAUUGGUGGGGAGACAGCUGUGCUCUGAAAAGUGGAAAUUUUGUGUAACUGACCCGGGCCUCACUUGUCAAGGUCGAAUGUUCAACUGCGUAUUGCGGAAUUCAUUGCAAACAUGUCUGGAGACAAAUACUUGGCUGAGACGUUACACAAAGUAUCGUGAUUAUACGGAGGACUGGGAAGAGAAGUUUUGUGAGGCGAAGUACCGUCAGACGUUUAAGAAGCCCUUUUGUCAAUGUCAGUGUAUCAACAAUCACGUUGACUCCCCAGGGAUUCACGUCGUCAAUCUACGACCAGUUGAAGCUGAUGUCGACAACAAUAUCUGUCCAAGGUCAAGCUGUCAAUAUCCCUCAUGCACUGUAAUGUUUAGGAUUGUAACAGGCAUUAGAUUCUCGACUGCAAACAAUAUACUGCAGUUUCAAAUACAGCAAGGAAAGUUAGGACGAAAUUGGCAGGUGACAGAUGUGAAUUGGAAACCUAUCGAUGAUAUAAGUGAUGAAGUUCGGCACAUCAGACUGGGAAGACCAGCUUAUAACGGUCUGCGUAACUUCACUGAAAAUGAGGACUUCAUGGUUCUUGAUGCAGACAAUAAUGGAAUUAAUUUUGAUGCCAUUUAUGUGCCUGUUGGAUUCAUGCUGACAGGGGUACAAUUGGUCCUCAUGGAGGAGGAGGAUGGCCUGAAACGAAUCGCCUUUUGGCUGCUUGUCAGAAAGUUCGAUUACACAACGGGGAAAUUAAAUCUUGACGUAGCAGGAUCAAUGAUCAUGCUUGACGCAAGCCACGAUGAGAAACUGACAAGUGAAGCAGCAUUUGAAAAUCCAAGUCUAUCACUUGUAAAAGAAAAUCAGUACAUGUUGAUUGGCCGUACUGAACAGCACCCUAAGGAAAUGUUUACUACAUCACCUUUUUUUGAUUUAUCAUCAAUUCAAUCAGUUCCUCCAUCACCUCUGGGAGGACUGCAAAUGUUCUACAUGCCCGUGGACAAAAACUUAGGAAUAGUUUCUCUAAGCCUAAAAACGUUCGAUUAUACCGCAUAUAUGGAACAAUCUCAUGAACUUCUCGAUCACAUAAAUCGAUUCCCCUCAAAAACCCAGAAGAAUAUUGGCUCGUCAACAAAACCGCCUGACGCUUAUUUCAUGUAAUCGCAACACUCGCUGAUAACCCACCAAUGAAUUCAAUUUCCUGAUUUAUGAGCUGCGUUUUACCGACUUCGUCACACGAAAAGAAAAAUUCACCAUUAAUUACCAUACCGUAAUUUAUACUGAAUUUUCCCCGUCAGCCAAAAAUAUAACUUAUAUCCCAAGAAUUGCCUGUUUAUUUGUAAACAAAUUAACCACAUGGGUAAAUAAAUAAAUUCAAUGUCCACAAA